UAAAAAAAACUCUCUCAACUUCAUGGCAUAGCUAUGCAAAGUAUUGGCCUCUUCAUCCCUUGGGAAAAGCCCAAUGGAGAGGCCUCCCAUAGCAUGAAGCUGUAGCCAAAGUGGAGGGAGUGCAGAGAACAGCAGCAGCGAUUAUGGGGCGAGAGGGAAUUGGCCUCUGAUGGAAGAUUAAAAGAAUUAAAGCUGUGGAGGUUUGGGUUUCUGCCACCCUGGCUGCACACUCACUAUAAAAUUCCCCCAAGGGAGAGAAAGCAAGCAAACGCCUUAGAGUUAUCUACAAAAUUCACAAAAAGUCACUUCUUCGUAAAUUAUUACGUGCCAGGAAAACAUCAAGAGAAACAGAGUCUCAAGAACACAGGCAAGGGAAUCUGGGAGAAGGAAUAUGGGUCUUCAUAACAAAAAAAUGCUACAGUGCUAUAGGCAGUAAAUCUCAUUAACGGGACUUUGCAUCAAGGCAGAAACCAGUAUAGUGACAAUAAUAAUCCCAUUUAUUUACAUAGCUCCAAAUGUAUCGUUGCCACUUUCCAAUAAAACAAAGGCAGAUUCCUCAUUGGCAGAGGGCGGAUCGAAGGACCCAAUCAGUUUCUUCCAUCCCUAACUUCUGUGAAUCUCAGAUAAAUACACGACUUUGGAGAGACUGGAGUGGGGGACUCUGCGAUCUCCAUUAGACUCUCAGCUCCAAGUUCGAGACAACAAGCGUUUUCUCUCCAGGCCCCAGAGGAAGGAAAUCAAUGCAUCUGCAGAGAAAGAGGAAGCCAUUGAGUUGUUUUGAAUGAAAAUGUUAUUGGGUUGUGGGUUUUUUUAGAGGAUUGAUCUAAAAAGGAAAGUGAGGAGACAAGAAAGGGAGACAUCAUUGGCCUGCUGCUGUCUGACUGGCAGAUUCCAGUUAACACCUUAUCAGCAGAGCAGCAGGCAGCAGCAAAUCCUCAUCUGCUGAAGCUGCACAGGGAAAGAAAGAGGGGAGGGUGUUCUGUAACCAGGGACGACAACAGCAACACUCCACAGUGCUAUCGGGAGGAUAGAGAGAGAGACGCACACACAGAUCCUGCACAAUAACCUUCCUUACCAGGCUGUGCAAGUAAGGGCAGGGGAGGAAAAACAAAUCAACCUGCAGUGUUUAAUUUUUUAUGAAGAGAAAUCAUGACUGAAAUGUAACCACGGCUCUGGUCGCUGCAAAACAGAACCCGAACCCCAAAGCUCUCUCUCCAAGUGGAAUGUAGCAAUUCUGUUUAUUAGCGUUAUUCUUCAGUUGAAGAGCGGGGUAAAAUCCUCCAGGACUGAAAUCCUAUCUCCCGGUAAGGCUGGAGCACCACUAAAACAAAAGCAAUUCUCCCCUCUGCCCCUUACUCCACUGCUGCUGCUUUUUUGUUUUUUAAAGACACAUUGUUCUAGGAAGGAGAGGAGAUUGGAAGAAGAACCCAAGGUGAUUUUGAUUUUUUUUUUUUUAAAGUCAAGGCAAGCCACCUGAUGACCCCUCAGUGAAAGAGGGGGAGUUACAAGGCAAUACAGUGAUUGAUGUACAGAGUGAUCUGGAGGAAGAGCUGCUGGGCAAUAAUGGGGAAAUCCAACAGCAAGUUGAAGCCUGAAGUUGUGGAAGAGCUGACCAGGAAGACCUACUUUACAGAGAAGGAGGUGCAGCAGUGGUACAAGGGCUUCAUCAAGGACUGCCCCAGUGGACAGCUGGACGCAGCUGGCUUUCAGAAGAUCUAUAAGCAGUUCUUUCCCUUUGGCGACCCAACGAAAUUUGCAACUUUCGUUUUUAAUGUCUUUGAUGAAAACAAAGAUGGGAGGAUUGAGUUUUCGGAGUUCAUCCAGGCGCUGUCGGUCACUUCUCGAGGGACCCUGGAUGAGAAAUUGCGGUGGGCAUUUAAACUGUACGACUUGGACAACGACGGGUACAUCACGAGGAACGAGAUGCUGGACAUCGUAGAUGCUAUUUAUCAGAUGGUGGGAAACACGGUAGAGCUUCCAGAAGAGGAAAACACACCUGAGAAGAGAGUGGAUCGGAUUUUCGCUAUGAUGGACAAGAAUGCUGAUGGGAAGCUAACGCUGCAGGAGUUCCAGGAAGGCUCCAAAGCCGACCCAUCCAUCGUACAGGCACUGUCCCUCUAUGACGGACUCGUAUAGUCCCGGGAUCCCAAGCUGAGUUGCCUGGGGGAAGAUUCUUUCUGUGCCAUCAGACCACCUCAGUAAAGAAGCUUGCCUGUCCCUCUCCAGCCUUCCUUCAUGUUACACGAACAAGGGAGGCGCUUGAAGUGUGAGGUCAUCCCCCGCGCCCACUCUGCACUCUGAAUUAACCGUGUCCAUUUGCCAACUUCUGCUUUCUCAACAACAACAACAACAAAAAGGGAAAGAAAAAAAAAGAAGAAAAAAGAAAGGAAAAAAUAGAAAAAGAAAAAGCAGCAAAUUUUUCAGCUUCUAGGGGUGGAAGGAAUCGUGCAUCGCUGUGUGGAGACCCCUUCCGCCUCUCGCUUUUACUUAGUAGAUUUUUUUUGGAACGAACUAAAAACACUGACAAAUAUUUUACAUUGUUUUCAUAGAAAAGCACAGCAUGAAGAAGGAGCCAAAAGGUACUGCUGAGGCCUUGGAGCGGGUGGCUGCUGCACGCCCUCCGAGUGCUUGAUCGCCAUCGGCUUCUGCUUCAUCGGCGGGGGGGACGAGGGGAUGGACGCUAAAAGGCAAUGGGAAAUGAAAGUUCCACAUCCCCUGCGUUUCCAGCAGCAGCCCAGCCCGCGUCGCUAGGGAGAGCUGUAUAGUUUUUGUGAUACAGUAUUGUGCUUUUUGGGGGGUUUUUUGGAUGGAAAAAGUGAGGCUGUUGUGACUAUGCCUCUCUCUGUUAUCGAUAUCGUUAUUUAUUUGUUGUAACCGUUGCUGCUGUGUUUAGUCUUUCGUGUGUUGAAACACCUAGCUGAUAAAAGUUGCAAGGUUUACACACUAUGGCAGGGGGAGGUAGCCUGCGAUAGCAAUUAAGCCAAAAAUAUCCCCCCCCCCCAAUAUACUGUGCUUUGUCGGCUGGUUGAUGUUUUACGGGGGGAUAAUCUAACCCCCUUCUCCUUAUUCCCACACCUCUAGUCCCUGCACCCUGCCCUCCCUCCUUGUCUUUAGAAACUCAGCUACUACCCCUGACAAAUCCCAAGGCUGGGACUGAAUGCUCUCUUCCUCUCAACACGUUGUGUUUCUGAUGCACUUCUGCAUUCGUUUUGCCAUCUUGCCUUUGUGUAAAGCAGAGUGACGAAAUAUACAGUAUCCAGACAUUUUUCUGCAUGAAAAUUAUUAAUGGGGCCAAUAUUGUUUGAGCUUUAAAAUGACCCUUUUUGGAAAAUCCUGGCACUGUCGUGUAUCUGUCUUGCUGGGUGGAUAGGGAGUUAGAAAAAUGGAACUGGAUUAACUUCUUGCUAAGUCUCCUGGAGGCUGGGAGCCUGGAGUCCCUGUGGGCUGAGAACAGAGAUGGCUGAUUGCACAGUGUAACAGUUUUGAAAAGAACCAGCAGGUCAGUGGAGCUUAGGAGAGUUGUCUAAGCAAACUACACUUCAUGGCUGUUUAAGGCAAAACCCAAAGCCUUGAUGCUGUCCAGAGCUAGACGGGGCUGCUUAGUGUACUGGAGAAGGAGGAGGAAGAAUGGCUACAGCCUCUUAGCGUUUUGCCACGUUUGCUCUCCUUUGGUAGUUUUAAAGUGCUCCUGAGUUUUGCUCUUUGGGCCGUGCAUUGAGAGAGAGCUAGAGAAGCCUUGUUCAAUGGGUCACAUCCAUUCCUACGGUUCGCAGUUUGGGUCACAAAGAUGGACUUGGGCUUUGAUAAACAGGAAAACAAUCAACAAAACAAAUCCGGCCUUGCCCCCUCCCCCGUUUCUGCUUGGUCAAGCUCCACCUUUGAGCGAAAUGGAAUAGCAGAAUAGACGCACAGUAGCAAAGAUACCUGAGACUAGGGCAGGCACUAGCCACGGUUCCUUUGUAUGACGGGGCAGGAGCGGAAAGCCUCCUGCAGCUGUCCCUAGGAAGGUUUGUGGGGUGCCUGUACACAGAGCAAUUGGCAAGUGCACCAUAAACAUUGGAGACUGUUGCCUUUCCACCCACGUUUUUGGUCAUGCACCCAGAGGUAGGUGCAUUCGCCUGUUGUGCUAGCUAGCCGCAGUGUUUCUAAGGUGCCUAUCACCUUGAGAUCCAAACACCAAGCAUUGUCCUGCUUCAGACUGUGUGUAACAAGAACAGCUGCAGAGUAAUGGAUUGAGAGGCAGGAGGAAGAAUCUGCUCUUGGGUUCUCCCAGGCAGUACUUCAAACCUCUCAGGGGAAACCUGUGAAAAGGGCACUGACUCCAUCCUUCAGAGCCGAAAUCCCUUUUUCUGCGUAUAAAUCCCAGUCAUUGUGCCAAGCACUGCUUCCCUUCCUUCUUUCCUCUCCCACCAUAUCCCUACAGUGUAACCAGUGCAAGCUGUGCUUUGCCAGAGAGGAUAUACAGCCCAGGUGACCCAGAUUUGGCACUUGAAUGCCUGCAGGGUGCUGAAUGUGAGUGCCUCUUUGCACAGGUGCAGAUAUCCAUAGGAGGGAUGUCUCCUGUCUCCGUAGUUGGGCAGACUUCGAGAUCGUCCACACACCAGAGCUGCAUAGAUUUGAAACAUGAACUCCAGCUCCAAAAACAGCUGAAUUCAGUCCCUGGAACUAAAGAAGAAAUGCCCAUUAGCUGUCACCAGCAUUGAGGCUUCUCUUCUGCGUAGGCUGCACUAGGGGUGAUAUGGGGGACACACAGUCGAGUAAGAUCUGAUUCCGUCCAGCCGUGACACAUUUGCACUAGCUUGUACAUAACACUGGCUUUCUUCCAGUACUUUGCAUCCCAUGUUCAGUCCUCCGUGUGUCACAGAGCACAGAUGUUUUAGGAUGGCAGCUGCCCCUCAAUCGCUGCUUGCUAUUGCAGGUUAUGGCGAUACCCGGGUCACGGAAGCACAAGAGUUUUUGGCCUAUCACAAGCUGUGGAAACCAGGAAGACUUUUCUCCCCAGUUUGUGUCCUCUGUUUAUCACCAUGCAGUUACGGUGGAAGUUCUCCGAAUUCUAUUCCAGAGGAAAGAAGAGUCAGCUGGUAUGGUAACUUUCUGGAGCACAGCCUGCUUUCUUUUCUUUUGGCGUGAAACGAGAGGGGAGUGCUCUAUCCUCACUCUCAUCAGUGUAAGCAACUGCAUCUGCCCUGCAUUUUGCAUUUAAUACCCUAGUACCUUUUCUUUGGGCGGAACGGAAAGUUAUUUCUCACUGUAUGGUUAUCAUGAUGUCCUUCAUCCUGCCCAGUGAGGUCACCCACACUUUCCAGAGCAAUAUUUUCAGCUACUGGGUCACAAAUGUAGUUGGUAUAAAUCACUCCACUGACUUCCAUGGAGCAACUCAAGUCGACAGCAGCUUGAGGACUGAUCCCUAAUGUAUGGGCAGCAUUGGGUGGGAGGCCUCCUGGCCCACAGAACACCAAGCCGGAAGGAAUGGGCUGUGAUCAGCACAUUGAAGCUGUCUGCGGUAGCCUCAGCCAGCCCAAGGUCCAACCAGCAAAUCCAGGAUUUUAAGCAGCAGAGGUGGCAGUGGGGGAGAAUUAACUCCAGGUGAACUGUGUAUGUCAAUUUUGGCACGAAGGCUGGGAUUUUCAAAUCCCAUUGGCACCUAACUCCUAAAUCCCAGUCCUUGUGCAGAGUGGCCAUCUAUCUACGGUGGCUAUUUAUUCCCCACCCCCUGACCCAGCACUAGUAAAGAGCUCUUGUUUUGUCCUACGACUGCGUUCCAUUGGUAACCAUCGCACAGAGCACCCCAACGUCCCGUCUGUACCAUGCUUAAAGGCCAUCCCCUUCCACCCGUUUCUCUCACUGGUAUCGGAAAAGCACAAAGUGUGGGAAGCAGCAUGAUCUGUUUUGUUACCUGUUAAGCUGGGCUGCCAGAGCUUGAUUUGUGUGCACAUCUGGCUUGCGUCCGUCCAGACGGAACUGAAGGCUUUGUAAAGACCUUGGUCAAUAUGCUGCGUAACAGACCCAGCUCCAGAUCUAGCUUGAAGGCUUGGGGAUGACUCAUGCAUUAGCAAGUCGAGAGAGAGAGAUUUUCGGGGGAGGACCACAAAACUGCAUAUUUUUGUUCCCUUCAAAGGCUCCAGUUAUGCAGUGAGGCCGGAGACUGUCCACUGAUGGGUUGCGAAUCCCAUGGAGUGCUUAGCUUGACUUGAAAAUGUGGUAGAAAAGUCAGUUUCCCCUCUUGUUCUAUUCACCAGGUAGGUUGCAUAUUCUGGAUCAGUUCAACUAUAUCUGAUUCCGCCAGAGAGGGCUCGAGCCAGAAAGGCACAUGCUUAGGUCCAUCUUUCUUCAGGAAAUCACUUAAGAGUGUGUUUAAUUUUCAUUCCUAAAUAGAGAUGAGUCCCUGGAUUGGGGCUUGAAUGAUAUCUGUCAUUACUUAAAAUAAUAUCCAGCCUCUUCAAUGACUCCUGAUCCUGAAAGCCCCAUGGGUGGAAUGUCCUGAAACCAACCUGGAUCCCUUAGGAAAUAAUCCUGUAUGAGAAGAUGCACAUUGUACAGAAAUAGCAUCAAGACACUGCAGUUCUGUAUGAUGAGAGAUUUUGUCUUGGGGCUCUGACUAUGGGCUACUGGGGAUUGUUUUGUAAGGAGGGACCCAUUGACUGUGACACUUCUUGAGGCGGCUUGGUCAACCUUAGGAAAACUCACCAAGCAACUGCUGCGUUUUAUGGCAGGACAAAUUCUGACCUCAUAGAGACUCACCCUGAUCCCACUAAAAUCAGUGGACCAGAUCUUCAGCUGGUGUCGAGUCAGUGGCUCCGUUGAUGUUGAUGGAGCUAUUCCAGUUUAUACCAGCUGAGGUCUGACCCAGUGUGACUUUUCCAUUGACUUCAAGAGGAGCAGGACCAUAAUGUGAAUGUGUUAGAGCCCUUGCGAUAAGGGGUUUUGAAGGUGUCGGAGGACCCUGAGCUUUUCCUGGGUGCUGCUGGUUCUUUUGGAAAGCUUUGCUUGAAAUAAAGGAAGCGAGACAAGGAAUUGAACUCAUUUACCAUGUUCUCUUUAAGGGCACACAAGUUGUUUUCACACUCAAGAGCAAGGCCUUUCUCCCUUUGCAGCUGGGAGUUGGCUGGCUCCUGCUUUUCCCUACCAUCUGAUAUGUUACAGGGAUGGAUGGGUGCAGAAUGGACCAAACCACCCCGGCGGUUCCAAGGGAAACUCAAUUCCCCUGCUGUUUUGUGGCCAGAAUGCCCUCGUUUUUGUUAGCUCUCUGCAGUGCCGCCUGGCUGACCAUUUCUUCCCCCCAGGCUGGUCACUCUAAUACCAACUGGCGUUUAAAGUGAAUGUGACACUUCUGUAACUUCUCCUGCUGAUAAAUAACUAACUGCACAAAGUUUAUAACAGUAUCCAGGCGAGUGUGAAUAUAUUUGUUCUGGCACUUUCCUCGGAAAGGCUUUUAAGUUUGGCAGAGGGUUUUCACCGUCCAGUUCACCGUUUGAAGGAGCCACCGUACUUCAAGGGACACUCUGUAAUCAGUCCGGCUCACACAGAACUGGUUUUUAACAAAGAGAUUGUCUUUGCCAGAUUUGCAGUGGCAGCAGCCGUCUCUAGCUCAGCCCCUGGUCUGGGAGCUGCAGAGAGCCUCGGUAACUAACACUGUCGAGUAAGCAAGGAAUUUCAGGUUUCAGCGAAACGCUUUAUUUAACCAUCAGCAACAUGGGGGAUGCUACCGGAUUCAGUGUCUUACUCAGAGAAGCUCCAGGCUCUUUCCAUUGCCAUGUCUCUCUCUCCAGCUUCCUUCCUGUGAGCUAGUAGAAAGCCCAAAAGACGGUAGUGGGUCCCACUGACACACACAGCUAAGGGAGUAAGCGGAACGGAGCCUUGGGCCUAGGAAAGACAGCUGUGUUUGUCAGGGCGAGUGAGUCCAGAUGGGGCAGGAAAGAAGUGUUGGGUUUGAGCUCACAAGGGCUUCAACUGGUAGGGAGCGCAGAAGAGAAACGUACCGCACAGCAACGCCCAGGCUCUGGCUGUUCCAGUCCACCCCCGCUCCCCUAGAGCUGCACCUGAGGUCUUCGCCACAGUCCUGCCUGACCGCCAGUGAAAGAUGACUUCUGCUUGGCAAUUUUUGCUGACCCUCUGGGUGGUCGCCAACUGCCGCCUUCAGGACUGUGCAGUUCCCUAGCCCAGGGUCAUUGUCAGACCCCUCUGGUCUUUUAAUAUUUGCAAAUUAAAAACAGAGGAGUUUUUGAGUGAAUAAAAAGCUUUGGUUGAUUAAUAAAGAGCCUGUUUAAUCUUCUCUUUUGUAACAGUGUACGAUUUCCCUUGUGGACAGGCAAGUCUGCUCCUGGAGCCAGACAUUCCCUGCAGGGCUGUUUGAGAACUCAGCAGCAGUGUAUUUUCUCCCUGAGGGGCAGCGUGUUCCAGUGGGGAGGAUACGAGGCUGGAACUGGUGAGACCUGGGUGCUAAUCGUGCCACAACUCUUGACUCACUGAGUGGCUUUGGGCAAGUCACGUAGACCAAACUUUUCAAACGUGGCCAAUGAUUUUGGGAGCCUGACUUUGAAAUGCCUUCAGCCUUGUUUUCAGAAGUGCUGAGCAUCCACCCCUCCAGCAGAAAGCCACGGGAACUGCAGCUUCUCAUCAUCUCUGAAAAUAAGGCAGAAGGCAUCUCACCUGAGAAAACGUUGGCCUUAACCUCUCUGUGCCUCAGUUUCCCAUCUGUAAAAUGGGGUUGAUACCUACCCAGUCUUGUAAAGUGCUUUGAGAUCUACAUAUAAAAUGCUGUCGGAGCGCUAACUAAGUAUUAUGUGACUUAUUUAUUAUUAGUGAAUCGAUUUUGCAUGGUCUCCAGAAAAUGAAACACGAACCAUGAGUAACGGGGAAGACACUUCCUCCUGGUUUUGGAAUAUUCAGUUUAUUUCCCCAAGUCAUGACCUUUUAAAAAAAAUAUCUGGGUCAUUAUUAAAAAACAACAACGGCAACUGAUGUAUUUGUUUUUGUGAUGUUUUCUGCUCAACAUUUCCCGAAAUGUUCCUGGACUAAAGAGAGAAGAGUGGCGCAGCUGUGACGUUUGAAAAAACAACCAGUACUAGAGUCUAAGGUGCAUGGCCAGCCUCUGAUAACUUGCUUUCUGGCACUAGAUGUUAUCUGUCACUGUCAGUGUUGCAUAGAUUAAAAUGCAGGAUCUGUACUUCUCUUUUGUUUUAUUUUUCCAUUUGUGUGAUAACUCUUGCCGUUUUAUGUCACCUUUCCCUGUAGCUCUGAGUCUUGUCUGGGCUUGGCUGUUUCCUCCAGAAGGAAAAAAAAUUGCAAUUCUGGGGGUCAAAGUCUGACCAAUAAUAAUAAGUUUCCAUCAUACAAGGCAGCAGGAGAGGGAGACGUGAAGGUUUUUUCCUCUUGACUAGUCAUUUAAUUACAGUGAUCUGUAGCACAGGCAAAAGCAGCUAUAUACAGCUAUUCCCUUGUGAGGGGUUAUAGCCAAACUUGUGAUUUCGUUUUUGAUGGCCUAUGCGAAGUGUUUUAGUGCUGGCACACUAGUCCACAAAUCUCCCAUGGGCCAUAUUCUGAACAGGCCUCAGUAUUUUCAUUGAGCUUCAUUAGAAGGUGCAGCCUCCCAGGGUCUGGCCCUGCCUUUUCUGCAGAUAGAACUGACGUCCAGGUGUGCUGGUCUUGAGGGCAUGGCAUCCUGCAGCUUGUUAAUCAGUUGAAGAAGCAGAGGACAAAGAAAUGGCCCCAAUACUCUGCUGAUUUAAAUGGGUGAAGCUGCAUAGGCAUCAGUGGAAUUGCACCCGUUUACACCAGAGGAGAAUUUGGUCCUGGGCAGAAAACGAGUAGAGCUCCCAUUCCAUGGAACAGGCGUAUUCAGCGUCAGAUGAAAUGUUUCAACGUGAGAGCAGGGCAAGGAGAGUUGGCUGGUUGCCCAUUGCAGUCAGCAUGUUGAGUUCACCCUGGAAUGUCUGUGAGCAAAUCUGCACUGACACAAAUUGUGUUUUGCCCUGCAUGUCACCUGAGUGGAGAUUAAGGAGAUAGCUUCAAUCCUAGACCCCGGGAAAACUGCCUUUCCAAUGAUGUGUGAUGCAGCCUUCAACGCCCAGUAAUCCUUGAGACAUUCAAAGCUGCCAUCUACACAUUGAUUCAGAAUUCUAUAGGUGCCACCAUAGAGACACCUGGGUCGUUGUGAUAGCCUCUGGGACUGGGUGGACCAGCUAGCCAGCCACUGGAUAAGGAGUAAAGCUGUGUGUGGAUUGCAAAGCACAGUCUGCGGGACCAACAGAACAGACAGCGGUAGCCUGGGGUGAGGCCUGAGCUGUGAGAGGAUAAUUGUCUCUUAAAGAGAUCCACAGAUGGCAAACAGGGGAGAACCACUUGGUUUCGUUAGGAAAGGUCAAACCUGGGGGAGGCGCAAUUAGCAGGUAAAAGCAGAAUGACCUGGAGGAUGAAGAAGGAUUGAUUCACCUCUGCUUCCUUGUCAGCCCCUGCUCUGAUCUGCAGGAGUUGUCCAUUCUCUCCCUCCCUGCUGCUAAGGAAAUCAGAAGUCCCAAGUCCUUUUGAUUCCAUUUUUUUAAAAGUCGGUUUUAGCAAUGGAGCAGGGAAUUCGUUUUCGCAUGUAGGUCAGUUUUAAGAAGCCGGUUAUAACCUGCGUCCGCCUGAGCUGGCUACACAAAUGACCCUAGAGCCGUGACUGCUUCACUAUUUGCCUGCUGAGAUUUCCUACCCUAGUGAGGACCUUACAAGGCAAGGGGGCAGGGAGAGAGGGGGCCUGCAGAGGUAAUUUGCACAGAGAGACAUUGAUCAAACUAAGCCAAAGCCAUAAGGAAAUCCCCUUUCUGAAUGUAGUGAAGGUGAAAUUCACCCCAGUGCCCAGGGCUCCCGCAAGACACUUAAAGGUCUUUAGGUUUGAUUUCAAUGGAGUUAGGAGCUUAAAUACCAUUGAGGGUCUGGGCCUUGGGGUCUUUAUGUGGGGUUAAAGUGAUGAAUAAAGUCUUGCCUGGGCCUUCCACAGUAGGAUGAAUUUCAUCCUUAAGAGACUGUCAUUGUGUGAGUGUUAGGGCAUUUUUGAGGACCUGAUUCUGACUCACUGAAGCUUUGUCAUUGAUUUCAGAGACUACCAGAUCCAGCCCCACCUGGACAUAGCAAAGCUUCCAUUUCCUUCUCUCUCUCUCUUUCUGUUCCUAAGAGCGUCUGUCUGCCCCUUGCUCUGUGUCCUCACCUGCAGUCAGCUGAGCUCUUGGCUAAGAAACAACAGCUUCUGCAAAGAGCCCCAUUAGUAAAGCCCAGGCCCUGUGUGUGUGUCUGCACUGGUGUCACUCCCUUCCGUUUGGCUUGCAUGCCCCUAAUUGCCUUGUCUUUUAAUCUUGAGCUCAAUUCAAAAACAGAACAAAAACCCCAGAACGUUGUGACAUUUGAAAUAAACGC